AUGGUGAACCCAACACCCACGCCACCGCCGCUGGCGUCGACAUCAUCAUCGUCCUCGCCAUCGUCGAAGCCCUACCUGCUCGCACCAGAAGACUUGACCUCAACACUGUCCUCGAUUGAGCUGCUCUCCGCCAUGUGGUCGGGAACUGACGAGCUCGAGGUGACUGCCGCUGCUGAGGCAACCAUUCGCAGCGUGGCGGAGUACCUGCAGCUGCCACUGGAGACGCUGGGCGAUGCAAAGUCGAAUGCGCUGAAGGAGCGGAUAGCGGACGAGGUGGUGUUGGGGUUGAAAGUCAGGGCUGAGCCUGCAGUACAGGACGAGGGGGCCGGCGGAGGGGUGUGGGUGAAUGUUGGGUUCAGGCUGAGAGCUGUGGGGAAAGAGGAUAGGGUGAGGAUGUGGACGAGUGCCAAAAACGCGCCGUCCUGGCUGGACAGAGGUCGGGUCGAGGAGGUGAAUGCGAUUUUGGCGAAGGGUAUGGCGCCCGCUGAAGCGGGGGAUGAGGAGCCCGAAGAUGCGGUCGGCCAGAUUCUGAACGCCAUCGAAGAAGUAAGCGAACAUAUCCUCGCCCUUCCUUCCGCUCUUCCCAGCACCAGCACCACCAGCACCGCCGCCGACGCCGCCAACCCAGCUUCCAUCCCGACCUCUCCUGCACUCACAACACCACCGACCGUCCAACGCACAUGGUACUACCUUCCCUCUCUCUCCACCAAGACCAAACGCCAAGACAUCUGCACGCUUGCCGCGACCUCCACCCCGCCACUGACGGGCUUCCUGCUCGCGGGUAAACCGGGCCUCAUCGUGCUCGAAUACCCCCUACCCUCCGCGUCCCCCACCGCCGAGGACCUCUCCGCCGCCGCCCUCGCUCUCGCCGCCUUCUGGUCGACAAUCAAGACAACCAGCUGGAGCGACAUCCCGGCAUCGCACAAGAAGAUCUCGGAGAAGCUCGCCCAGGAUCCGUCGCCGCAGGCAUUCAGCGCGUUUGACGACAUUACCGACUGGCCCGAGGUCGAAAGAGGCGCGGACAGGGGCCGCAAAUCGGACCUGAGCAAGCUCAUCGUCUGGCUCGACACAAAGGGUCUCCAGGGGAAGUGGAUUAUCGAGCGCUGUCUGGGCGUGGGCAGUUGGGAUCCAUAG